GCAGGGCUGGGCUGCGCAGAGCCGGCUCCUCCCUCUCGCUAUUUAUUCCUCCCCGGAGCUGCCGGGGCUGAAUCACCUCGAGCCGAGCAGGGAAGGAGCUGCCAGCCGGUCCCACAGCCAUGGCCAGGCUCCUGCUCACCUGCUCCCUGGUGGUCCUGCUCCUCGGCAUCUGCACCGACGUCGCCUUCUCCAAGAAGGGCAAAGGCAAACCCGGCGGGGGCGGGUGGGGCACGGGGAGCCACCGCCAGCCCAGCUACCCCCGCCAGCCCGGCUACCCCCAACACCAGGGCUACCCCCAUAACCCGGGCUACCCCCACAACCCCGGCUACCCACACAACCCGGGCUACCCCCACAACCCCGGCUACCCGGGCUGGGGCCAGGGCUACAACCCCUCCAGCGGGGGCACCUACCACAACCAGAAGCCGUGGAAAGCUCCCAAAUCCAAGACCAACCUCAAGCACGUGGCGGGGGCGGCGGCGGCGGGCGCCGUGGUGGGGGGGCUGGGGGGCUACGCCAUGGGCAGGGCCAUGUCGGGGAUGCACUACCGCUUCGACAGCCCCGACGAGUACCGCUGGUGGAACGAGAACGCCGGGCGCUACCCCAACCAGGUGUACUACCGCCAGUACGACGGCUACGUCCCGCAGGACGUCUUCGUGGCCGACUGCUUCAACAUCACCGUCACCGAGCACAGCAUCGGCCCCGCCGCCAAGAAGAACGCCUCGGACGCCGGGCAGGCCGUCAACCAGACGGAGGUGGAGCUGGAGAACAAGGUGGUGACCAAGGUGAUCCGGGAGAUGUGCGUCCAGCAGUACCGCGAGUACCGCCUGGCCAACGGCAUCCGGCUGCACCUCGCCGACGCCUCGCUCGCCGCCCUCCUGCUCCUCGUCCUCUUCGCCAUGCACUGAGGGGGCCCGGGAUCCCACGGCUUUGAGGUGUCACCCGUGUCCCCGUGGGGACCCCCCCCGACCUCCCCGUUCUUGCUUGCGGUCGUCGUUGGUGAAGAGCCCUUGGGGCGCGCGGGCGCCGGCGCUCCCCGUCACCUCCUUGGGGUUCCCUUCCAUCAGCUCCUUGGGGUUCUCUUCCAUCAGCUCCUUGGGGUUCUCUUCCAUCAGCUCCUUGGGGUUCCCCUCCAUCAGUUCCUUGGGGUUUACCCCCACCACCUCCUUGGGGUUUAUCCCCAUCACUUCCUUGGGGUUCCCCUCCACCACCUCCUUGGGGUUUACCCCUAUCAGCUCCUUGGGGUUUACCCCUAUCACUUCCUUGGGGUUGUCUCUGGUUCAGGCAACUGGAUGAAAGUUUCCUUCUCCACUCCAAACGCGUCCCCAGCGAGGCAGGACAGCUGGAUGUACCCCAAAAAAAAACAUGGCCUUCACCACCUCCUCCUCCUCCUCGGGGGCCACCCCGAGAGGGACCAGGCAGAGGGGAGCUCUCCUUGGCAUCUCCAAAAUGCAAGAGCAUCUCCAAAAAUGCCCUUUGCUAACGAGCAGGGUUUUAUUUAACCCCCUUAGUCCCGCUGCCACCCCUUUCCCCCGGGGCACCCAAGCACCUCUAUCCCCCAGGGUAGGGGCAGACAUGGGGUUUCCAGGCAACAAGCUGCCAGGUUGCAAUUUUAACCCUUUAAUCCUAAAAAAUCCCACCCUUCCCCAUGUAUAUACGGACUUGCCCCUCCACUCCUCUGCAUGCUGCAAAACCCUCCUGCAGCAACACACCAAAACAAAGUCAGAUUUUAUUCCCCUCCCCCCUCGAUGAGGCUGAAGCGCUGGUCGGUCUUUCCCAGCCUACCAAAGGCAAAAAAUGCUGCUGAAUGCCCCAAAAUACCCCCCCAAAACGCUGUAUUACAGCCCGAGGAGAAGCUAUUUUGGAUGCUACAGGCAACAAGUUCACUCUCAUCCUCCAGCACCUUGACCUAGAGGAAGUCAAAAUGCAGCCAAAAAGGAUGCUCGGGGCGGGUCAAGCACUUCGCGAGAGACGUAAAUCAGCUGAAUCACAGAGUUACAGCACCAGGAAAAACACGCCUGGGAUGGGAGAUGCUUCAU